AUGGGAGUACAAGGAGUGCCAAAUCAACGGUAUGGCCUUGGGCUUCUGGCUCUCGUGCUCAUCUGGCUGGUGUCUCUUGCCCAUGAUGACGAAAGUUCCAGCAGCAUCUCGUGGUCUAUGGCGAAUACCAUUACGUCGUCGGAGCUCUCACAGAAGCAUCGCGAGGUGCAAAACCCAUUGGAGACGGUUGGGGUACAAACACAGGCUCACUAUCCUACACCAUCCCCGACCCCUUACGACCCGGGUGAAUCAUUGAUCCCGCGGAAACUCUGGCACAUAUUAUUUCCCAUAGGCGACACCAUCACAGACCGGGAAGUAUCUUUCGUAGGGGAUUGGAUUCGAAAUGCCCCAGGAUACACUUACACCUUCCUCAGCACAACCGGGGGCUCGGCUCUGGUUGCGGUGCACUACGGCCACAACUCGGAGGAGCUGGAUGUCUUCCAGCAGCUGACGAACCCGGCCCUCAAGUCCGACUUCCUUCGCUACCUCGUGCUCGCCGCGCAAGGCGGAUACUACGGCGACGUGGACACCCGUCCCUUGAUCCCCCUGGACCAGUGGGUUCCCCCGGAACUGCGGCCCCAAGUCCGGCUCCUGUGCGCGCCGGAGCAUGACGACGCCAUCACGCCUGACCCUACGGCCGCGUACAAGGUCCGCUUCGGGCAGUGGGCGAUCGCCGCGGCUCCAGGACACCCGGUAUUGAGGCGGAUGGUUCGACGGGCCAUGGAAGGCCUGCGUUAUCUGUCGCAAUCGCAGAACACGACAUUGGACAUGGUCCGCCCAGACAACAUACAAGUCCUUAACGCCACCGGACCGCUGGCAUGGACAGAGAUCCUCUGGGAAUACCUCUUUGAGACAGACCCGAACAUCACGAGCCAGGACGAUCUGAGCGGGUUGGCGACGCCUAAGCUGGUGGGGGAUGUGCUGGUACUGCCCAUCACGGCGUUCAGGGCCCCAACAGCGGGUGAGGCGCCUUGGUUCGAGGAACACGGUGACCAUAGACUGCUGGAACAUCAUAUGUUAGGAACAUGGCGUCAGUGGCAGCCCCCUUCGUAA